UCACAUUUUCAGUCCCAUCUCAUGAAUUUCUCUGCCGCUGCAACAACAAAUGAAAGAAACGAGUUAAAAUCAUCCAUCACAGGAGAUCGAGUUUCAAGACGAACGGGGUUUCAAGACGAUCAUAAUCAUGUCGUGAUACAAGUUAUAAAUUCCGAAUGAGAAACCGAUUUCAUGAGGAUAGUUGGUGGAGGAGGAACUACUACUGUUGGAAGACUAAAACGAAGGUCUAAAAUGAUGAUAAUUCAUAAUUCUGAUAGUGUCGGUGGUGUUGUAUUUCGACGGAUACUGACAUUGAUACUGUUUUUUGCGUUCGUCGGAGUUCCUAGUUUGUAUCUUUAUUCAGCAGUCUAUCAUCCUUUUCAGUCAUCAAAUAAUCUUCUAACUGGUUCUGCUUUCUCUUACAACAUCAAUCAUCCUGAGGACAGUGAGGAAGUUAGGUUGGAAAGAAUUUUGAAAGAGGCGGCAAUUGGGGAAAGGACUGUAAUCUUAACUACGUUAAAUGAAGCAUGGGCAGCUCCAGGUUCUAUCAUUGAUCUCUUUCUGGAGAGCUUUAGGAUAGGAGAUAAUACUAGUAAACUUUUGAAUCAUUUGGUGAUUAUAGCUUUGGACCAAAAGGCAUAUAGUCGAUGCUUGGCUGUUCACAGCCAUUGCUUUCCUCUUUCUACCGAAGGAGUUGAUUUCUCUAAGGAGGCUUAUUUUAUGACCCCUGACUAUCUGAAGAUGAUGUGGAGACGAAUUGCAUUUUUAUUGUCUGUUCUUGAGAUGGGAUACGACUUCGUUUUCACGGAUGCUGAUAUCAUGUGGUUCCGGGACCCGUUUCCACGAUUUUAUCCAGAUGCAGAUUUCCAAAUUGCAUGUGAUCUCUUCUUCGGCAGUUCUUAUGAUCUACAGAACCGGCCAAAUGGUGGCUUCAACUAUGUUAAAUCCAAUAAUCGAACAAUAGAAUUCUACAAGUUUUGGUACUCCUCAAGAGAGAUUCAUCCGGGAUACCAUGACCAGGACGUGCUUAAUAUGAUCAAAUUUGAUCCUUUUAUAAUGGAGAUCGGGCUAAAAAUGAGAUUCUUGAAUACUGCUUACUUUGGUGGGUUUUGUGAGCCAAGCAAAGAUUUAAAUCAAGUGUGUACCAUGCAUGCAAAUUGUUGUCUCGGUUUGGAUAAUAAGGUUCAUGAUUUAAAGAUUAUGCUCGAGGAUUGGAGAAGGUUUUUGUCUUUGCCUCCAACUAUGAAGAGGACAACACAAUCUGGUUGGCGGGUACCACAAAAUUGCAGCCUUGCAUCCUUCCACACUAAUAACUUGCCGAUGGAGAAUGUAGAAGAAGGAGAAAUUGGAGACACGCAAAACUAGAUGCAUAGAGGUAUCAAGUUCCAAAGCUGAUUGAUCCGAGCAGUAGAGGACUGUAACUGCCAUGGUUGAAUAUCUAAGGAAAUAUCUGACGGUAAGGUGAAGUGUCAGUUCAGAAUAUCCAUAAGUAAGACUAACGCUCUGAAACAAACCUGCAACGAAGGAAAAGGUGUGAUGAGAAAGACUUUGCAAAAAGCACAAGCGAUUGGUACCUGAAUGUGGCGAUGAGAAAGACUGUCCUGGUUGGAAGCUUGGUUUGCAAGAGACCCAUUAGAAGAAGGCCACUUUAGGAGGAGUCUUAAGCUUCCAGAUGAAGCUGAAAAUACCCAGAGAAGAAGAAUACAGAUAACAUAAUUUAACAGAGUACUUUCUAGUGCUGGUUAUGGUCCAUUGCAGCUGAUCAGACUCAUCAUCUAACUGAACCUAUAGAGAUAAUGUACUAGGUACUCACAAAAUUCUUAUUUUUUAGUACUUUUUGGUUCAUUUUUUUUUUACUUUUUAGUACCUUCUAGUUCAUUUACAUGAUUCUUAUUUAAAAAGAGUUCAUUUUUAGUUGACUGCA